CCCCACCACUCCCAUCCCCGUUUAUGAUACCGCGAUAACAAGUUGCUGGGAAUGAAAAGCGUUGGGUUUGCUUAAUGGCGGUAAUAAGGUAAAAGAGGAGGAUGUUGAGAUUGAAAAGCUGCUCCUAACUGUGGCAGGGUCAUAAUAAAGUUGAAAUUAUUAAUAUCAAAUAUGGCAUCCUAUUUGGCGCAAGAAAUUCAACUUGCUAAGCAGCAUGAAGAAAUACUCUCUCGGAGAUUGGUGUUGCUUCAGCAGAUGGAGAGUCAUCUAAGAGACAAAGACGCUGAGCAGGCAUGGCACACGCAAGAAGCCGAUGCAGCUCAUAAAAGAAAUGUGUCACUUUUAAAUCUACUAAAAAGGAAAAUGAAUUGUGGAUGUCAUUUCUGCAAGCGUCCGUCUUUUCAAAAGAUUCUCUGUAUGUUGCAGGAUAUUGAAGCGGCAGCGAAAAAUCUACAAUUCAGAGAGCACUUACUUCUCCACCCUGAAAUUGUUAACCUUGAAACUCUUUACUGGGCCAAAGUGGAAGAAUCCAUCCCUAAGUGGGAGCCAUUUUUUUUAGGAAGAACACAAGCCCCAAUUGGUUUAAAAAAAAAAUCACAUCAACAAUACAGCACCUAUGAUCAGCACUAAAAUAAACAGGAAACAAAAAGGGAACCAUGACCACGGGGGAAUUUAUUCAAGCUUCAGAUUGGUGGAUUGUUAAAUAAUUCUUUUAAAUAUUAGUUGGAUAAGAUAAUCAAUUCUAAACCUGCAUUGAAGAGUUCUUCCCCAAAGGCCUGUUAGCUACAUGGAAGUGACUUUGAUCUCAAAUAUGAACAACACGAUGCAGGAUGUACACUGUUUAGUUACUCAGUUAAGAUAAGAAAUAAUGUGAUCUGUUACUUGUCCUUCACUUUUGCUAUGGAGAGGUGCCUUUUUCCCCAAUAAAAGUGUAGAAAGUAGUAAUUCGGCUUAUUGUCCCAUAAAAGGAUUUUCUUAAUGACAUGUAUAGAUCAUUGAUAUGGAGCACAGACUUAAGGACUCAGUAGAAAAUCAGGUGAUGAAGACUCAAAUAAGGCCCAUUGAAUUUGCACAUCCUCUAAGUCAAGGGUGUCAAACUCAAUUUCAUUGAGGCCGCAUGAGGAUUGUGUUUGACCUCGGGGGGGGCGGGAGUGGGUGGCCAGGGUGGGCAUAGCCAGCUCGACGUCACUCGUGUCGGGGGU